UUACUGCUGAGCCAUGAUGGGAACUCCGAUUUUAUUUUUAUUAAUUAGUUUUUGUAGGGAAUAAACAGACCUUUCCUGGCCAGUGCUGUAAAGCCAAGAAAACAAAUAGCUCUGUUGAGAGUAAGCGCUAAGUCAGGGCAGUCAGCCUUAGGAACUUUCUUCUUCCCCAUGGGUUGUAGAUUUUGAUCGAGAAAAAUGAGCAGCGGGGGAUAUGAGGGAGGACCCCUCGAACUUGGCGUCUCCAGCCUGCUCCGCCUUAGUAAAGUGUAUUUCGUUUGUGGCAAACGUAAAACAUGGUUGUUCAUUCACAGCAGAUCCGGGAAGGUCUGGGCACGGCUUCUUUUUCUUACCAUAACCAUCGGAGGCUCUGCUGGGAUGCUGAUCUCAACAAAGGAGCCGAGAGAGGUUUAAUUUGGACUCAGAGGGAGCUGGUGUUGGCAGAAGCCGGAGAGUGACUCUAAAUGGCAGUGGAAUCAGAUCCCUGUGGAGAGUUGCGGGUUUCUCAAGAAUGAAACCACAGACCUCAGCUUUCUGCUUCAUCCACUUCUUACGGAGCCUUUGGCUAGUCUGGACAGGAGGUUCCAGUCGUGGCACCAGGAGAGCUUUCAAGGAAGCAUCUGGGGGUGGUUCCUGAGGGAAUGAGCUCCUCGGCCUUGGUCCCAGAAUCUAUUUGGGAGGGGCGUGGACGUGGACAAAGAUGACAUGAGUCCUGGAGAUGGCAGUGAGGUAUGGGCGCCUGUCCCCCUCCCCUCCCGUGUACAGGGCUGUGUGCAGGCUCUGAGGACCUAUGGGCCACGGGGCUGCCUGAGGAGGGAGGUUUUACCCUCCUGUCCAGGAUGUAUGGGGAAAAGGUAAUCUGAUUAGUCGUACAGUCAGCCCAUUUUUUUGGUGGCUGGCUAAUUUUUGAACAUAUUUAUAGAUUUGGCAAAGGUUGAUCUGGGCCUUGAUCUAAUUCUCUGCCAUAUAGCUUUUGGAAAUUCAUUCUGAUGUGGUGGUCAGUGGUGUUCUAACCUGGCAGAACAAGUACCACCCAACUUUGUGUGUGAACUGCAAGAGAAGCAGUUCGAAGAUGGUUUCUAGUCAAAUGUCUGUGCCUUGGAGGCAUUAGCUUGAAGUGAAGCCAUCAGAUCUUUAUCCCCGUGGCUGUAGGUCCUUUGUUGGGUGCGGGAAGGGGACAAUGGGGAUAGGAGAAAGACUAGAUUGUUCUAGUUGCCUAAUGGGCAACUUCGUAGCUGUUUGUUCCUUCCAAGGGUCCAUCCGGAUGGGAGUGAGGGACCAACUUGGAGAUUCAGGCCUCGUCUCUGGAGUUAUCCACUGGCACGUCCUCCCCGCAAAUCUUUGUGUUUUAGAUUCAGACAGGAGCACAGUGCUGCUGUGUGACCACGGCCCUCCGUCUUCUGGUAUUUGGUAGCGAUGGUUGUCAUUCAUUGAUGUCCAUUUCUAUGUGAGCAUCAGGAGCCCCGCGUGUGAAAGUAGAAUGCGUGCCUGUGUCUAGUGGUCCCUUUGAAAAGUCCUGUGCAAAAACCAAAUCAGAGAAACCCCGAAACCUCUGAGGAGGAAGCCCGAGAGGUAGGCUGCAAGCAGCAAGUUACAUUCUGUGAUCUUGGAAAUUCGAUCUUGGAUGGGAUACAGAGAUAGGAGAGUGUGGUGGUUAAGCGCAUGGACCCUGCAGGCCAAGGAGACUGGGGUCUUCACUUUCCAUUUCACCUCUUAGCACCAACUGUUUGACCGCUGGCACAUGAUUUUUCUUUUUUCUUUUCUUUUUUUUUUUUGUCUUUUUGCCAUUUCUUGGGCCGCUUCUGUGGCAUGUGGAGGUUCCCAGGCUAGGGCUUGAAUCGGAGAUGCAGCUGCUGGCCUACACCACAGCCACAGACAGCAACAUCAGAUCUGAGCCGCGUCUGCAACCGACACCACCGCUCACGGCAACGCCAGAUCCUUAACCCACUGAGCCAGGCCAGGGAUUGAACCCGGAACCUCAUGGUUCCUAGUCGGAUUCUUUAACCACUGAGCCAUGACGGGAACUCCAUGAACUUCUUUAAGCCUCGGUGUCCUCAUCUGUAAAAGAGGCUGACAGCACCUACUUGGUAAGGAUAAUGGAAGGAUAAAAUAAAUAAUGCAGGUAAAGCUCUUGGCUGAGUGCCUGGCAUAUGGGAAGCGCUGGAGAGCUUUGUUGCUGUGUAUGCUGUGUAGUUCUCGGGGUUGCGGUAAUUGGCUGCCCGGUGUUCAUGGUUUUGGCUUUGCUGUCUGGGCGCCUUGAAUGUGCUCAGGCUGAAGUGACCUUACCCUUGGUUCUCCUCGGGGCAAUUAGAAGUAAGGUGGGGUUCCGACGGUCUCCGGACAAGCUGGGUUUCCCACCAAUGAAGGAGAGGCGAAUUCUGUCUUAUCAGACAUGAUGCUAGGGAAGGGCCCCACGUGGCUGGGUUUCAAAGCAAUAUGUUGUUCCCACCCUUCCACAGAGAGGUGACAGAAAUCUAGUUAGUGCAGAGUUACAGAGAAGCUGAGACUUCCCUGGGAGGCCGUUUUAGAUGUCUCCAUUCCUUCGGGUGGAACUGGGUUUUUACCUGUUGUGUGGUUACAACAACAACAACAACAACAAAUCUGCAACCACUCUUGCACAGAGGAUGGAAAGAAUGGCUUCUUACUAGAUACAGAAGCAGGGAUACUAGAUACAAAAACAGGCAAAGCACGUGAAGACCAACCAGGCUGCUUGUCGGUAGGUGGCAAAGUACUUUGCUAUAAAUAUUGCAGGACGACUCUUUCUCUACUUUAAAAAAAAAAAAAAAAAAAGCUCUGCAUUUCAGACAACAGAAAUGGCUGGACAAGUCUUUAGUUCAUGUGCAAGAAACUGAAAACGACGUGAAAGAUUUUCCUUAAAUGGAGACAGCGCUUGGCCCUGUCUCAGGCUGAAGUUAAAGCCAGGGUCUGAAUUUGCCUCCCAUGCAUUACUUCUCACAUGUCAUGCGGGUUUCCUGGGCCUAGGACCUGGCGAUCGUUCAUUUUUUUCCUGUAAUCUCGAGGUGUGUACAGGGCACAGCUCAGCCUCAGACCUUUCUGCUUUCAGUUUUGGUUAGUCAGAACCUCCAUCUGGCGGUACUGGAGUGUGAGUGUUUUCUGUGGCUUUUCUGCGGCUCCUUUUCAAAGUAUUCAAAGCAGUUUAAAAAUACAUAAUGUUCGGCGAUCUGACCAAGAACUAAUGAGCCUUCACGUAAAUGGGUCCAGUCAUGCCUCCCAGUAAGAAGCCAGAAAGCUCAGGAAUUAGCGUCUCGAGUGGGCUGAGUCAGUGUUACCGGGGCAGCAGCUUCUCCAAGGCCCUGCAGGAAGACGAUGACCUCGAUUUUUCUCUGCCUGACAUCCGAUUAGAGGAGGGGGCCAUGGAAGAUGAAGAGCUGACCAACCUGAACUGGCUGCACGAGAGCAAGAACUUGCUAAAGAGCUUUGGGGACUCCGUCCUGAGGAGCGUCAGCCCCGUCCAGGACCUGGACGACGACACGCCCCCGUCCCCCGCCCACUCUGACAUGCCCUACGAUGCCAGGCAGAACCCCAACUGCAAGCCCCCCUACUCCUUCAGCUGCCUCAUAUUUAUGGCCAUCGAGGACUCUCCAACCAAGCGCCUGCCAGUGAAGGAUAUCUACAACUGGAUCUUGGAACAUUUUCCGUAUUUUGCGAACGCACCUACUGGGUGGAAAAACUCAGUGAGACAUAAUUUGUCAUUGAACAAGUGUUUUAAGAAAGUGGACAAAGAGAGGAGUCAGAGUAUCGGGAAGGGGUCAUUGUGGUGCAUAGACCCAGAGUAUAGACAAAAUCUAAUUCAGGCUUUGAAAAAGACACCUUAUCACUCACACUCGAAUGUGUUCAAUACACCUCCCGCCUCUCCUCAGGCAUAUCAAAGCACAUCAGGUCCACCCAUCUGGCCAGGCAGCACCUUCUUCAAGAGAAAUGGAGCCCUUCUCCAAGAUCCUGACAUUGAUGCUGCCAGUGCCAUGAUGCUUUUGAAUACUCCCCCUGAGAUACAAGCAGGUUUUCCUCCAGGAGUGAUACAAAACGGAGCGCGGGUUCUGAGCCGAGGCCUGUUUCCCGGAGUCCGGCCGUUGCCCAUCACUCCCAUCGGAAUGACAGCAGCCGUGAGGAACGGCCUCACCAGCUGCCGGAUGCGGACUGAGAGCGAGCCGUCGUGUGGCUCGCCGGUGGUCAGCGGAGACCCCAAGGAGGAUCACAACUACAGCAGUGCCAAGUCCUCCCACGCCAGGAGCACCUCGCCCGCCAGCGACUGUGUCUCCUCCUCCUCGGCCGAUGACCACUACGAGUUUGCCACCAAGGGGAGCCAGGAGGGCAGCGAGGGCAGCUUCCAGAGCCACGAGAGCCACAGUGAGACGGAGGAAGACGACAGGAAAUGCAGCCCGAAGGAGGCCAAGGAUGCUCUGGGGGACAGCGGCUACGCGUCCCAGCACAAGAAGCGCCAGCACUUCGCCAAGGCGAGGAAGGUCCCCAGCGACACGCUGCCCCUCAAAAAGAGACGCACGGAAAAGCCCCCCGAGAGCGAUGACGAGGAGAUGAAAGAGGCGGCGGGGUCGCUCCUGCACUUGGCGGGGAUUCGGUCCUGUUUGAAUAACAUCACCAAUCGGACGGCAAAGGGGCAGAAAGAGCAAAAGGAAACCACAAAAAAUUAAAAACAAGUCACUGAUUUGUUUUGAACUUACGGCCAUUUGGUUUCAGCAUGUCAGGAGAUUUCUAAUGAUUUGUGGCAAUAUCAGCAAUUUGUUAUUUUUUCUUUUCUUUUUUUUUCGGUUUGGUUUUCUUUCUUUUCUUUCCUUUUUUUUUUUUUUUUUUUUUAAUUUGCCCCCCUCCUUUGUUUUGGACCCUUAAGAAUUUUAUGUUUAAAGGAGAUUGAAGCCAUAGAACUCAUGUCGACACUCAGCUGUUUUACAAAAGCUUUUCAUUAUCUGAAGACAAAACCGAAAAAGCCAAAAUUACCAUUGCUUCCUCCAGCUUGUCAGAACACCGUGGCUGAGUCCGCAGGGAUGGCAGCCGUAAUGCCACGGGGAUACACAUCCAGCUCCUAGAAGGCACUGUGCAGAGUAACCAUCGAUCAGGCCCAACCUUUAGGUUUAAAAGGUCAGGAUGUCCACCCACUUGGGUUUGCUGAGUGAAUGCACAUAAGGAGAAGGAAAGACCCCUGGUCCCCCUGGGAGCAGACCCAAGCUCAUGCAGAGGGCAUUGAAUGGUGCCAGGAAAACCCUUGGCAUUGCCCCAGGAAUGCAGGGGGAGGGGGCAGGGCAGGGCAGUUACCAGGCCUCUGCGCUUCUUAACCGUGAAGCCUGGUAGCAUCUUCCGAGGUGGACGCUGGACCAUUCGUGUUCACCAGGUUGUCAGUGACUCACGGGAAGAAACUGGGUCCGUUUUUAGUGAUGUUGCUGACCACUUCUGUUCUAUAUUAAAUGAAGAGAAGGUUCCACAAGCCAUAAGCCUGAAGGUUGGUCCUGCACACUUGCGCGUGCAUGCACGCACGCGCAUACACACACACACACACACAGAUACAGGCACCCACCUAGACACACCACACGAGAGAGAAAAAAAAAACUGAUGCAAAAAACAAGCGAUGUCUUCUUACUGCGCAAGUGAAAAUCAAGUCCGGUAGCCGUUAGGGAAGGAAAUAGUGGUACGAAUCUUUUUCUGUCUGUCAGAACCAUUUGAUCCACAUGAACAUGAAACAAAAACAAAAAGUUCCGGAAGCUGCCAUUAGUAUUGUGGUGGAUUUUUAAAAGAUAAAAGGCACAUUGAUGGACAAACUAAAACAUGGCAAAAAAGGAAAAAAAACAAAAAACUCCUAUACUGCCCUCAAAAUGGAGUUUGCAAUUAAUGUCAGUCAGGAUUCAUCUUUGCAAAAAUCAAUGAUUUCCACAUUCAGCCAGUGUAGCCAGCAGAAAUUUCUGAUCCACAGUGCAUGGAAUUCCUUUGGAAAAAAAAAAAAAAUCACAAAAACACAAACUUUUUUUUAUUCAAAAAUAACAAAGUUCUUGUAAGGUAAAUAAUGUAUUUAGCAUGAAGCAUGAAUUAUUUUCAUAUAAAUAUAGAAAAUAGAGAAAAGGCUAUGCCUCUAAUUUUUAAGCCCUUAGGCUUAGAGGUUCUUUUGGUUUUCUUCCUUUUUCUUUCUUUUUUUUUUUUUAAUUUCAUUGAAAUUUUCUUUCGUUGUUUUUUUUUUUUUUUUUUUUUUCCUUUUUUCCGAUUAUUUUGUUUUGGUUUUUUGAAGCAGGUGUUUAAGGUUUAACCUUCUUCAGGGACAAAUUCUGACUGUUGGGGAGCUUACUCUGCAAUACAAAAAAUAUCUUCAUGCUCUGGUAGGGCCUUGAUGGUGGAGCUGUGUACUGCCUUGUCUGCACUUCAGCCCCCGACCCCCUCUGAUUCUCUGUUGAAAAGUGUGUCCUUUCUCUUUGUCUGUACGUGUUUACCAUGACGCAAUAAUUUGAGGGCAAACUUAGUAGUGAGUGUGGAUGAUAGAAUCAAGAGAAUUAUGGGACGCUGACUUGAGAAAACCACGACAGUGAUUUGCUUCUAGGGAAAAGGCAGUGACUAAUUAUGCAAAUUUGCCAGGAGAAGGGGAAACACACGAAUGGGCCUUAUUGGAUGAGGGUGUGAGUUAGGUACACGUGAAGGAGGAAGUGACACGGGUGUGAGAAGGCCCCGUCCCAGCGGUCUUCCCGCGACGCCCUCUCGCGGUGGGAAGAAGGGGUCCCGCCGUCUCUACUGCCUCGGUGCAGGAACCAACGUGGAAUUAAGCCCACCUAGACUGUAAGAGGUGAAUUUAGACAACUAGGUGAUGUCACGCAGGCCAGAACCUCCUCUGUUAUCUUUGCCUAAAAGAAACUAUCUGGGGAGAUCCAGAGAAACCUCUAAAAGAAUUUGAUCUUCCACCCACAGGGAAGGGAAUUUUAAAACACAAACAAAAACACCCACUCCCGUGGCUCAGGAUACGAUGGGGAGGGGGACGGAGGGAACCGGGGUGAUCUGGAUUUUAAAACCAGGGCUGUGUGGGCCAUCGUGGGGCCCAUCCGCCAGCGCCCGGCACUGUUAGAAGCUCCAUCAGCCAGGACAGUGGGAAUUAACUGGUGCAUUAACUCCCCCUGAGUUGCUGUUCAGAGAACCUGGGGGGAAAAAAAACUACACCCAUACACGGGUCAGAUUUAUUACCUGAACCUGAGUACUUCCAGCAUACUUGUUCGGGUGUAGACAGGAAUAAGGGUGUCUUUUUUGAAGUGCUCUGUGCCCUCCGUCUCCCCAAGCAUCUGACACCCCCAAAAGCCAUCCACAGCCGUGCAACCUGAGCAACACUUUGACCCGGUGUUGUCACCUGACCAAGCCCACCUCCGUCCCCACCCCCAAGAUCAAGUUCAGACUCCCCUCCUGAGAGGCAGAGGUAAAGGCCCAGGGCUGUUUCUGGCAGGGGAUUUCGUCCAGUUCAAACCCCCACAGUGGGCUGUCUCCCCUCAUUUCCUUUCUCUAAAGGAGCAAAGGCCUCUUUUAGAAAAUAAUAAAAUGCAAUGUGUGUGAUUUACUUUACUGAUCUCUUUGAGAAAUAGAUAAAUAUCUUAUAAAAGUGUGUUCUUAACUCCAGAACCACUCUUUUUGCAUAAAUACCUCAUCGGGCAGCUUUCUAAGUGUUAUUUUCCUGAGUCUCCCUCAGUCCCUUUGGAGGAGCCGCUGGGAGACGUCGGGGAAACUUUAGUGAGGGUACUUUUUUCUAUUUUUCUUCUGUUUUUGGAGGCAUACACAUUAUGCAUAACCAAAACAAUGGCUCAAUUGUGUUUAACUUUGUAUUUUGAUUGUUGAGAAAAAAAAAAAAAAGUAAUUGAUGUGUAUGUGGCCGUUGGUAGUGACUUCAUUGCCGAAUGAGGUUGGCCAUGCCCUUGCCAAGCCAAGGGGCAGGCGGCACCCUCUCGCAACCCCUCCUCCAAGAGCAGUAGAGAAUUUAAGCACAAGCCUCUUUGUGAAAGAAUAUUUUGCUCAAGUGUAAUUCACUUUAGUCUUGGAAUUUCUUCCCAAACGUCAGGUGUUCUUUUAGCUUCCAAACUAGCCUGUGUAUUCAUUAGUCUUGACAAAAUCGCCUGUGCACCGGUCAAGGGGUGUGGUGUUUUUGCUUUCACUUCUCCGGCAGGGAGAAGUGGCGUUUCAUGUGUCAUUGCAGUAACUCACAUACUCACGUGGGGCGGUGGGGGGGGGAGGGGGGAAUGGGGAACUAUAGCAAUAUUUGAAGAUGCUCUGGAAAACAACCAUGAACACAUCAGCACCAUGACAUCUGCAGUUACUUGCUGUUGGUCCUCAGACACAUUUAAGAGAAAGAGACUGUAGCUCUUUUUUCUUAAAAUGAUAGACACAUAGACAGUUAUUUUUAUGCUACUACAAUUGUCUUUUAUCUUUACCUAGUACUAUGUGGAAAGGGUUUGCAUCAUAGAUUUUUUUCCCAGCCUUAUAAUAUACCGUAAGCUCCUACUCCCCCUCCCCCUCCCCCUCUCUAAUCAGUAUCCCUUCAAGAGUUCUUUGGUGAAACUGUCUCUGAAACUAAAAGGAAUCCAAUCCCCAUCUCGGUGGUUUGAGAUAACCACGGCCAAGACAGCGGUGGAAGGUUUUAGUCUUGAGACUGAGCUUCUAAGAAGGGAGGUGUUAGAGGCUUUUCCCAAGAGCUGCUUUGUUUCUGGGAGAGGCAUUCAGCGUGCCUGGCUCUUGCUGGACAUGGCUUGCAAUGCCACAGGGCGUCCCGGGGGGAAACCAUCGCCCAGAACGGCCGUCUUGCCUGGGGGACAGCUGCAGGCUGUGGGCUCUGGUGCAUGAGAACCUGUCCAGGUGGCUUUUGUGCCCAGCUCCGUCCUGGGACGCAGCAGGACUGCUCCCCAUCACAGAUACCCCACUCCACGUGGGUGGACCCUCUGCCUCUCUCACUCAUCGAAGGGCUCUCGGAGAAGGAAUCAGAGUUAGGUACCAAGCGACCUCUGUUGGGAGAGUUUUCCGUGUGGGAUUGAAUUCAAUUCAAUGUGACUCCUCUUUCCCUUUAAACUUGAUUCAGGUUGGGACUCUUGUUUCUUUCUGGUGGAUCACAGCUGCCCAGAUGUUGCCAUUUGAUUCUUUCUGUUUCUGUAGAGGAGUAUUUUCCUUUCGUCUUCAGGAUUUUUUUUUUCUUUUUUCUUUUCUUUUUUUUCUUUUUUUUUCUUUUUUGCCACCAAAAGAACACAUUUGAACUCCGUGUCCCCUCUUGAUUGUGACUUAACCCGUGUUGACAGUUAAACCCUUCGUGUCGUUAAGUCCCAGCUCCAGUACUAUAUCAAACACUGUUAUGCACAUAAUGCAGCACUGUGAUCUAAUUUAAAUAAUACUUUUUUAUUAUUUAUACUACUAUAUAUAAUAGACAUCAACACUUUUGCUAUAUAACCUAAGUGAUAACCCUCUUUUUAGUUACCUGCCAAAACUUGGGACUUUGGUUUAUAUCUGCAGUUAACAAGGUUACAAAGUUGUAAUGGUGUCUUCUUUUUUUUUUUUCCUCUUUGUAACGAAAUGUGUAAAUCACAGUAUAGACAUUGUGUGGUGUUCCCGUUUCUGGAGUCCCAUGAGGAUUUACACAUGGCAUUCAGUGUUCUGUAUAGACCCACCUGCCUUUGUGACUUCAUCUGUUAAUUCCCCGUCCUUUGAGAGAACACCUGUGAUGGUGGUGGACCCCUGUUCUCUCUCUCUCUCUCUCUCUCUCUCUCUCCUACUGGUUAUUCUUGAAUUAAGCACAGACUCAUCAGCUCCGUUGCUUUAUCAUGAAUAAUGCGUGUGACCUUGCGAUUCUUCCACAGUUCGGCAAACAAGUGCUAGCUUCACUGACCAAAAAUUAAGGAAGGAAAAUCCGAUUUUUAAAACGAUCCAUCUUUUAACGGCCGAAACCAAUGUGUCUAUGGUGCUGCAUUUUGCUGUCUGUCCUACUUUUGAAAUCAGACCUGGGUGAAAGAUCACUUCUGACUUAACUGUGAUAAUGCUCACAAGUACCCUUGUUCGUUUUGUUAGUGUUGAAAUCAAGACUAUUUAUUUGGAAUAUCUAUAACAGUGUUUUCCACUGUGUUUCAUUUGCAAAAGUUGAGAACAGCCUUCCCUACUUUUUGCAAAGAAUUAAUAUUCCAUAUUGGAUUCGCGAAGACUUCGAUAUGGGGAAAUCUAUCCAACCUAGCAAUUGUCUUUCAUCCUUUCAUGACUGUGGCCUGAGUUCCCAACCCCUCCCUUUUUUCGAUGAGACUCUUAGCACCAUUUCAGUUAUUUAAGCAUCUUCAGCCUUUCUUGCGUAUGUAUGUUGAGCCGUCGGCGCUCACAGCUGAUUCAGUAACCAGUUUCCUGCUGUCAUUCACCCUCGCUACUUAUACUGCCAUGGUGACGAUGUGGAGGAAACGAGUGUCUGUGUGUCUCUGGGAAGCAUUAUACACUUGUUCAUUUUUUAUACGCUGAUGCUGUAACAUUUCUGAGUUCUGUUUGUGUUUUACAGAAAGCGAAAUAACAGUGAUAAAGCAAUCAGAAGACAAGAGGUUUACUGUCAUCCUUAGGGUCGUCUGACCUCUGGCCAAUAGACCGACAUGGCCAAAUUCAUUUACGAGAGUAAUAAGUUUUCAAAAGCCAAUUUUUUUUUUUCUUUCUGUAUGAAACUGCCAAUAUCAUGACUAGAAAGGGAGACCCAUAGAGGAGAAAGGAAAGUGAUGCUCAGUUGCAUUUGUGUUACUAACGGAGCAGUGUGGACGCAGGCACGAUCAGCCGAACUCUAGGGACCUGAUGGUGUUGCUUUGGAGGCAUCCAUACUUGCAUUUCACAUUCUUCAUAUGUAAUCAUAUUGCCAAAGACAAACUAUUUCAUCAUUUAUUGUAAAUAACACUUUUCCCCAGACCUACCAUAAAGUUUCUGUGAUGUAUUGUCUUCCAGUUGCAAUAAAAAUUACUGAGUUGCAUCAAUUGAA